GCCGUGCUUUUGGACAACAGGUGCCUGGUCAGGCUGCCAGCAUAACCCUUCUUAGCCCUCCACACGGUGCUCCCCCAGGGUUACCCCUCCAUUCUCCGUUUCCCCUCUCCGAAGUCAGGCGACGCCGAGGGAGGAACGAGAGCUUUCACCUCCGCGAUAGAAUCGAAGGAGACGAAGAAGAAACGUGCGGGAAGAGGAAGGACGAGAAGGCUGAUAGAUCUAUUGAUAGCCGGAUCUAGAUCCGGCGAUCCUGAGGGGAAACGAUGGGGGAUUUCAACUUGGCGCUUGUGAUUGUAGCGGUUAUAGUAUGCGUGCUUGUUCUGCUCUUCAAUGUUUAUUUGCUGGUGAACUACCAGCAUCCCGACGACAGGAAUCAAGCCUACUUCCCUAAAGUAAUCGUCGUCCUCGGUCUCUCCAUCGCCGUCAUCUCGAUAUUGAUGCUGCCCGCUGAUGUCGCCAACCGGCAAGCCUGCCGCCAUGCCAUUUAUAACGGCGCCUGCAACCUGACGCUUCCGAUGAAGACGCUCUGGCUCGUCGUUUACAUCACAGACGCUGUCCUCGUUUUUUUCUUCAUCCCCUUUGCUAUGUUCUACUACGAGGGCGACAUGGACAAGAGCGUGGGGAAAAGGUUAUGCAGCGCGAUGUUGUGGGUCGCCGCUUCCGUUGUUGUUUGUGCGCUUGCGGUUGGGAUACUUUACGGGAUAGUAGGCAAAGUUGACUUCAGUGUUAGGCACCUCUCUUCCGCUGCAACAAGUUUUCCAUCUUCUUGGACAGAAUUCUCCCGCAGCCAACCUUGCAUUGGUUCUUCCGCUCGUCAGUGUGAUGCAUACCUGGCUAGUCCUUCUUCAGAAUCAACGUGGACGAUGCGAGCUAGCUUUCCAGAAUAUGUGGUCGCUCUUGCAACUAUUGUUGGAUCUGUUCUUUUCACGAUAUUUGGAGGUGUUGGGAUUGCUUGCCUUCCACUAGGCCUUAUAUUUUCAUUUGUCAGGCGUCCCAAAGCGGUUAUCACUCGUUCACAAUACAUUAAGGAGGCAACUGAAUUAGGAAAAAAAGCUAGAGAACUAAAGAAAGCAGCUGAGGCCCUUCGUGAGGAAGAGAGAAGUGGGUCCAAGGGAAGAAAAUGGCGUAAAAAUGUUAAGACAGUUGAGAAGGAAUUGCUUAUGUUAGAGGAGGAUAUGAAAAAUUUGGAGGAGAUGUAUCCUCAAGGAGAAAGGGCAGAGACUGCUUGGGCAAUGACUGUCCUUGGCUAUGUCGCAAAGCUUGUACUGGGGGUUGUUGGAUUAAUUGUUUCAGUGGCGUGGCUUGUGCAUAUUGUGAUAUAUUUGUUGAUCGACCCACCUCUUUCUCCUUUCUUAAACCAAGUAUUCAUCAAGCUAGAUGAUCUCUGGGGGCUGCUGGGUACUGUUGCAUUUGCCUUUUUCUGCUUCUACCUUCUUAUGGCUGUUGUAGCUGGAGCAAUGAUGCUUGGUUUGAGAUUAGUUUUCAUCACCAUUCAUCCAAUGAAGUGGGGAGCAACCCUGAUGAACUCUUUUCUCUUCAAUGUUGGACUAAUCCUUCUUUGCUCUAUCAGUGUGAUCCAGUUCUGCGCCACCGCAUUCUCUUCCUAUGCUCGAGCAACCGCCGCUCAGGAAAUAUUCGGCCAUACUCUGCAAUCUCUUCGUGGAAUCAAAUAUCUUUACAAGUACAAUAUCUUCCCCUACGCCUUUGUUGUGUUGGCUGCCAUCACUUUCCUAUACUACCUGACAUUUGGCUGGAGGAAGAAGAAGCCAACCGGUCGGUUCCAACUAUCCAGCUGAUCAUUCCAGGCUACAAAUUCCUUGUAAGGUGCUGAUUUCCACCAACUUCUGUAGAGUUGCAGUAACCAAUUGUGGUGGUUGCAGAGAUGAUUAUUCUAAAUGUAUUUUAUUAUUAAUUUUUUAAUCUGCUUGUAACGAGUUCAUUUACUUGUGUGUGUGUGUGUCUGUGUAGUUACCAAGUACUGUUACUCGGAAUCAUAGGAUUACUUUGGAAUACAGGAUAGAAUUCCUUGUCCAUUUUAUUUUUUAUUGUUAUUAUUGAAUUCAUAUGAACUGAGAGAAAUAUAUAGUUAUAAAGAUUAGGGAAAUUUGCAUACA